AGAGUGACUUGCGUUCUGAAAAUUCCUUAUUCAAUCUGUUCAUUGCGUGCAAUUCCUACUUCUCUCGUGCAAUUCCUCAUUAUUAUUUCCGAAAAAAUAUUUAAUCAAUUAAAAUGAUGCAAAGCAUGUUUUCGAAUCGUUACAACAAUAAGCGACGCGAUUUUUACGAGCGUUACGAAGCUGCCAGGAAGCGUCAUCCGAGUUUGCCCGAGUACGAGCGUCCGGUGGAGCCAACUGAGCUGAAGCUUUCCAACUUUUCGGUUAAUCGCCGCCACUUCUCGUAUCGUCAAGUGGCCAAUCAGUCGCGAGAGCAGCUGGAGAACGACUCCUGGCUAUCCAGUAAUCGACUGCCCAUUGUGGUGCGCCACAACAUCGAGCUGCGCAACAACCAGCCUUUGAUGUCCAGAUACAACGCGGACGCGGCUACCCAUGAGUUCAGCCAUAACGGCAAGCCACGACGUGGUCGUCCUCCAACCGCCGCCACUGCAGCCAAAUUAGCAUCUGAAUUCGCCCUUCAAGUCGGUGGCAUUUCCCAAACGCCGACCGACAAAGAUGAAGGCCAGUCAGGGGAGCAGUUGGAUGUGCAGUCGAUGGCCAAGAUAGCGGACAAGGUUACGGACAAGAUUGCGGACAAGAUUGCGGAUAAGAAGGCGAAGAAUGUGGCGGACAAGAUGAUCGACAAGGUGGCGGACAGGAAGAUGGAUAAGAUAGCGGAUAAGAUGGCGGAUAAGAUGGCGAACAAUGGGACGGACAAGAUGACCGAAAAGGUGGCGGACAAGAAGGCGGACAAGAAGGUGGACAAGAAGGUGGACAAAAAGGCGGACAAGAAGGCGGACCCAAUGGAGGAGGACUCCGAGAUCGCAGACCCCGUAAACAUCAAAGUCGAAGGGGUCGAGCCAAAUGAAGCGGUGCCACAGCCAAGUUCGACGACCAAUACCAAUACCAAUCAGGGUUUUACCGCAAACUGGGACUUUUCUUCAACUUUAAGCGCUUUUCCCAACUCUGUGCCGAGCUUGGAUUUUAACUGGGCCGAACACUUCAAUGCCAUAUCAAACCAGUACUACAAUCAUAUCAUAAACUCCGCCCCGUUUUCGGGCCAGUUACAGUCGUUUAACCCAACACCUUUUCGCACACCCUUUCUUGGUGUUAACCCAUUGAUGAUGGGUCCUCACCCGCCAUUUCGGGUCUAUACGUGCCCGAUGGAGAGCUGCAAGCUAAACUUUGAUUCGCGGCGCGCCAUGUACAAGCAUCAACGCGAGACUGGUCACCACGCCUGGUCACACAACUGCAGCAAGUGUGGCCAGGUCUUCCGCACAGCGGGCUUCAAGCGCAUGCACUCCUCUAAUGCCUGUGAGCGCAACCUGAACAAGUUCAAAAUCGCUAAACCGAAUGAAACUAAGCCCAGAACAAAGCCGGAAUAGGUCUGUCCUACCUCUCGCACUUACACGGCAAAAAAAAAUUAAUUCAACAUCGUUUUUUUUUCAUUGUAAAAGAAAAAUUAUUUGGGGUUCUUUUAUAAAAUACUAGAACACGAGAAACAUGUGAU